AUGUUUAUGCAGCCUUGUGAAGGGACAAAAGAAGCAAUUCUUGAAUUCCUUGCAAAAGAAAAAUCAAAAUUUAGCGAGUUGAGAAGAAAAAUUAUAGAUUCCUUUCGCCAGCGUCUUCCUAAUUCAGAGAAAGAUUUAGGAGAUUUCACCAAGUUGGAUUGCUACUUAGAUGAAAUAAAGGACCUCAUUGCAAAAAUUUCCCAAGCUUCUAAAUUAUUAAAGUCAGAACAAGAUCCAAUUUUAGGGUUAUUGAGUUUACAGCCUCAAGAAGCUAUUGAGAAAGUAAAAUUGAUGACAACAGCCAGCAGAGAUUGAUACAACGGUGCAAAGCUCUUUAAUGUAUUCAAUCAAAAGUUAGAGAGUCUAAAUAGAUCCUUCUUUACAGAAAUAUGCGGGUCAUGUCUAGAUAAAAGUAAUAUGCAAAAUACUCCUGAAAUGCUGAAUAAAAGUAAAGCCGCAAGUUUAGAGCCAGCAAACGUUUAA